ACGCCUCACAGGACAGGCCCAGCCAAAAAACGGGAGGGGGGUCAGAGGUCGGAGGAAGUCGUUUCUGCGUGGGCGUGGGACGCGGGGAGGGCGGACGGCUCUGGGUCCGUGCGGAGCCGCACAAAGCCCGGUCGCCCAGCGAGUGACGCGGGCUCUCUGGAGCCGUGAUUAUCGCGCUUAUCAGGGUCCGACAGGAGCGCUGCUGUCUCUGAGUUAUUUGCGGCCUUUAUGCUGCUAUAAAUGGAAACCUGCGCCACUCUGAAGCUAUCGUCGCCACGCCGGGGUGGACCCCACAGGGAGGGGGUGCUGAACGCUGUCCAGAGCUUGAGCAUGUAGACGAGAGGACUCUCCCACCGCCGACCGGGGAAACUUUCACUGCGGGACGAAACGCGCACACAUGGAGGAACCCCGACCAAAGGAGGGCAUGCUGAAGAUACAAACUUGGCCUUGGUCGGUUUACGUUGGGGAAAGACGGCGGCCGAGAUACACAGAACAGGACCUGUGUUGUGCCACGACGCUAGUUUUUUUCAAAGAAGGAGAAAAUUCAGAGAGGGGACAUGAGCAAAGAUCCCAUCCGAGGCGACCACCAUCCGGCUUGUUCCAUUCUCCUUUGUGCCAGUCCUGAGGAAAUUGCCAUCUGAGGGAAAGAUAGCUGUGGGAGAACAGGAGACACAGCCAAUGCAGAGAACAAAUGAGUAUGUAGAGAAGCCGAAGGAAGCAGCUGCAGGCCGGACCAUGCCGGGGGACGGGGUGUUCAAGGCUGAUUUUGUGGUCGUCGGCGGCGACCUGGAUGAGAGAGAGCCUGGGGCUCGCCGGGCCCAGCUGGCCAGAGAGACCACACUCAGACAGGAGGCGCUCACUCAGCUGAGGCUGCCUGCUGAACCUCUGACGCAAGGCCAACUCAAUCCUCUUCAAAUCGCUGCGUCCUCAGAGAGCUCAGCUUAUCUCUUUGUUAACACCAGUCCAGCGAUCAAACGCAUAGUCUCGGAAAGGGGCAAUGACAAACGCUGGCCCGCGGACGCGCGUGGCUAUGACACCUCGCUCAACAGCGAGCCGUCUCCCGGUCUCCUUUUGAGCAAAGCGACUGAUAAAGGGACGACUCUGGUCUCCGAGCGCGCGGCGACUUGCUCCCCCGAGCUCAUGGAAACGCCGGCCUCGUCGAGAGAGUCGAUGCUGUCGGAGGACUGGUUUGGCUCUCGCGUCCUGUCCUCCGAUGGGUCUCCCGCCUCCCUCAGUCGCACCGUCUCCCCCUGCUCCUCCGUCAGGUCCGGGGCCUUCUCCCCGGCCGUGGUGCGGAUUCGGCGCCACACCCUGGCCCCGGGUUCCAGCCUGGUGUGGAGCUUCCAGCCCUGCCGCUCCCCGGCUUCCGGCAGCCCCGCCCCUUCUCCUUACACCCUGUCCCCCAGAACGAGCAGGGCGUGGCAGAGGCCCCCGCCCACCCAGCUAACGCUGCUCACCGCCAUCCUGAGGAAAGGCCGGCUGCCCGUUCUAGCCUCCGUCCAGCAGAGGGAGUACUGCCCCUGCUGGCCCAUCAGUGCUGUCAGCCUGUCCUCCUGCAGAGCCUGCAACGCCGCCGCCAAGCUGGCCCUCAUCUGUCCGGGCGUGGCCGGGAGGCGGUCCCAGACCGCCAUACGAGGGCCCCGCACCCCAGCCCGGCACACGGCUCCCCACGAGCCCGAGUCCCCGCCCCUCACCCCUCCUCCAUCUCCCGAUUCCGAGUCCACUAUUUUUGACUCACAUGAGUCUGCCUCAUGCCCAGAUUCCACUGAUUGUACCUGGCAUAGAGUCCUCUCUCUAACCCAGCAGGGUACAUUCCCCUCCCCAACCCAGCAACAUAGAGUCCCCUCGCCAACCAAGAAACGUAGACUUCCCUCCCCAACCCAGCAACAUGGAGUCCCCUCCCUAACCCAGGAACAUAGACUCCCCUCCCCAACCCAGCAACAUGGAGUCCCCUCCCCAACCCAGCAACAUGGAGUUCCCUCCCCAACCCAACAACAUGGAGUCCCCUCCACAACCCAACAACAUGGAGUUCCCUCCCCAACCCAACAACAUGGAGUCCCCUCCCCAACCCAGCAACAUGGAGUUCCCUCCCCAACCCAAAAACAUGGAGUCCCCUCCCCAACCCAGCAACAUGGAGUUCCCUCCCCAACCCAACAACAUGGAGUCCCCUCCACAACCCAACAACAUGGAGUUCCCUCCCCAACCCAACAACAUGGAGUCCCCUCCCCAACCCAACAACAUGGAGUUCCCUCCCCAACCCAGCAACGUAGACUCCCCUCCCCAACCCAGAAAAGCUACUCUGCCUUGCCGGUCUCUCCCUCUGCUUAUACCACGACGGCUGCCCCUGCUCUCCCUAGUUUGCCAUUCAACCUUACACCACAGGAGACACCGCCCCCUGUGUCGAACAGAGUGCUGUCCUCCUCCUUCUUAAAACUCCGCUCCCAGUCGCCUUGUGCCACAAGGGGCAACCCUGUACCCUCUGCAGUGCUCACAUUCACCUGCAACCCAGAGCCCACACUCACCUCUACCCCGGAGCCCAAAUUGACCUGCUCCCCAGAGCCCAAAUUCACCUGCACCCCAGAGCCCAAACUCACCUGCACCUCAGAUUCCAAACUCACCUGUAGCUCAGAGCCCAAAUUCACUUCUACCCCAGUGCCCAAACUCACCUGUACCCCAGAGCCCAAAUUCACCUACACCCCAGAGCCCAAACUUACCUGCACCUCAGAGCCCAAACUCACCUUUACCCCAGUGCCCAAAUUCACCUGUACCCCAGAGCCCAAACUCACCUGCACCUCAGAACCCAAAUUCACCUGCACCUCAGAACCCAAACUCACCUGCUCCUCAGAACCCAAACUCACAUACACCCCAGUGGCAAAACUCACCUCUACCCCAGUGUCCAAAUUCACCUGCACCCCAGUGUCCAAAUUCACCUGCACCCCAGUCCCCAAACUCACCUGCACCCCAGAGCCCAAGUUCACUUCAUCCGUAGUUCCCAGGUGUGAUGAAGCCCAAUCUUCACCAGCACCCUCUGCAGUGCCCAAACUCACAGUGGCUCAGGUGCCCAGCUGCAGUGAAGCCAGGUGUUUGCAUCCCCUCCAGAACAGCAUCAAAAUGUCCGCCCUCCCAGAGAGGCCCCGUCCCCAGCCCCCCGCCUGCCGCCUGUCCCCGGCCCUCUGGACCCCCACGCUGUCGCCCUCCCCCUGCGCGUCCCCGCGCUCCCUGGGCUCCCUGCUCUCGCCACUCCCCGACUCGCACUGCUCCACCCCCGACUGCCUGAGUCUCUCCCCCUCUCCGGCCGCCUCCAGCCGCGACCUCCUCACCCCGUCGCCCUCUCUCUCCCCCUCUCUCUCGCCCUCCUCCUCUCCUGUUCCCAAGAGCGGCAGUGACAGGGCGCGUAGAAAGAGAAAGUACAAGAUCAAGUCAAGCUACAAGGCCAUUGCAGCAAUUCCCACAAACACUCUUCUGUUGGAACAGCAGGCAAUAGAUGAGGAGGUGGAGAAAGAAGGGCGCCCCCUAGAGGAUGUAGAUGUGGUCAGGGUGACAGAGACACACUCAGAGAUGUGCUCUCCUGCCCAGCUGAGGCAGCAGUCAGAAGAGCUGUAUGCUGCCAUCGACCAGGUUUUACAAGAUCCGCUCCCCAUGCGCCGAUCGCAGUCGGCUCCGCUGUCCCUGGUGACCCUGGCAGAGGUCGAGGUGCCGAGGAGACUUACACCUGUACCACGGUCUGCCGGACGGGAAACGAAAUAUGCAGCCUUCCACCUACAGCCCGUUGGUUCUGCUGAAAGAACUCUGACGAAGCCAGGUGUCAUACGCCCAGUGAUGGUUAUACCAAGAUUAACUGAGGAAGAGGCUGAAGAGGACUUCCCUAACCCGUUUCGACAGCAAUACCUGAAGGAGAUAUCUGAGGAGCAGAGCCAGAAGUUUGUGAGCUCCCCAGCUGGCCAGCUUGCACAGCUGGCUGAGAGGCACAGAGAGUCUGGGAGCCCCACGUUCAGAAAGGGAGAUAUCGCAAGAAACGAUGAAACGCUCCUUCUGAUAACUGAAAAAGAAGAUUCCGGCACGCCGCCCAUGGCAGGAGGGGCCUCAAAAACAGCCUCCUUCAACCCAGCACAAGGGAAAAGGCAGGUUCGUGAGACUCACAUUUAGGUGGUUCCAGGGUGAGGACAGAGCAGUGGUGAGAUGGGCAAACCUCUUUAUUUUAUCUAAGAGUUUUUUUGAUGAGAUGUUUAUAGCGAAGGGUUAAAAACCCAUGCAGUGUUCCCACUCAUUUCUGAGACUAAUUACACCUACGUACAUAUACAGUAUGUGUACAAAUGUGAUUUUGGUCACUUUUGAUGAUUUGCAGAGAAAACAAAAUGACCAAAGAGGACCUUAUUUCAGAGGUAGAGCUACUGGAGGUGGAUCCAUGAAAAAAAUCUGCUUAACCACAAACUGAGCUGAGAACAUAUUGAACAUUUGAUAUGCAUUUUACACAUUUUUAUUUACCUUUCAAUUUAGGGUAAAGAAACAGUGCUUAGCACAUGAGAAUACAUCAACAGUUUACUGUCAGCCGUGGAAGCACAGACUGAGAAUGCAAACACCUUCAUAAGAGCACUGUCAACAGAACAGACUAGCAGGAGACACCGCUUCAAAAUGUUUCAUGACUAAUGGCUUUUCAGCCUCAAGACAAAACAACACAGACACAAACAGAUUUACAAUGAGCUGAAGACUCAAUUGGUACUAUAGAUGUGUUAUAAUUACUUCCUAAUAUAAAAAACAUAAAAAGUAAAUAUAUUGUACAGUUACUGCACAUGUCUAAUGACUCCCUUCAACAAUGUUCAAAAGCUAGAGCUUUAGUUGGGGUAGCACAGAAACCAGUUUGAUAUGGAUAGCAGGUUGUUCUGUUGCUUCCCAACACUGUGUGUGUACAUAUGCUGUCUAAUGCUGUUUCAUAGUCACACGUAGACUUUGUUAAAAAUUGCUACGCUAUUUAUAUAUAUAUUUUUUGUCUUUGCUAGCUGUGACCAACAUGAACAUUUUGCCUUUAUGUGAAUAGCCUGCUUUGAAAAAGAUGUUUUAGUGAAUUGGCUCUAAAACAGAAAAGCAUUUUGCUGACAAAAAGCCUUCUAUCAGCGGUCAGUUAUUACUCUUUAUAUAUCUGUCCCUCAGGAGCAUACCGUAUACUAACAGCAUGUCAUUUUCUAAAGAAAAAUGUAGAGUUUUAUCCAGUACUAAUGGAUUCUUGAGUGUGUCACAUGUACUAAACACUUUCAAAUUACAUUAAAAGAUUAUUCCAGGUGUAAUUAACUUUUGAAACUAUAGUUAAUUUCCAAAUUGAAUGUGCGAGUACUUAAUAAUGUAAUAUACUACAUAUUAGCAUAUCCAAAUAUUUUUGGAUGGCGUAUCAAACUCAUCCAAAUCAUCUGAUUUAAAAAAAUUAUUAUAGUCAGUAUUUAUGUAGAAUGUAAAACACAGUUGCCUUGUUGAAUAAUACUGUUUUUGAUUUUGGAAAAGGAAAGGUACCUGCAAACACCCUGACCUGAACUCAGCAAACAUUUUGUCAUUAAUUUUGACUUUGAUCAGUUCUUACCACUGAAUGCCAUUGUGAAAAUGAAGGACAAAUGAAUCCAUGUCUCUGAGCCAUGGACUUUACUUUUUCAUUUUAAAAUCACAAAAUCACUGAUGUACACACUGGCUAAAACCCACACAGAAACAUAUUUCUCAAUACAGAAAUAUAGAAUAAGGAUGAAUAAUUAUUUGAGUGUGGUACAUCAAAAUAAUUUAAAAGUGUUCAUUUUUCCAAUAUCACGUUCUUAUCAGUGUGAAUAUAAACUGUAAAAUAAAGCAGUUUAUUGUAUGUCUGACCUUCCACAAAGAAAACCCAUCAAUAAAGCUACAUUGAUAUUAUUGCAUAAAUAAGCUGUCUAUCGUGUUGGAGGCAGUUAUGUUGGAUGAGAUAAUUAUCUGCCACUGUGUUAAAUGCAAAUAACUAACCAAUGCUUGAUUUACUGCAUAUUUAUAAUUUGAAUUUUGAAUACUGUAGUUUGAUUCUGUAGAACAUAUCAUUAUCUAUUAUGUAACUGUAUUCAAUUAAUUAAGGACACGUCAUGUUGAAGGACACAUAAAUUGGCUUUUGAAUAAAA